AUGUUACACGACCUUUCAAACGGCGGUAAAUGUCGUGAGCUUAUCCGCAUGAGUGAGAAAGCUUUUAUGACAUUGUGCAGUAUUUUAAAGCGUGAUGGUGGACUUCGAGCUACUCAACGCAUGUCUGUUGAAGAGCAUGUUGCCACAUUUUUGCAUAUUGUAGGCAAUGAUUUGAGAAAUUGGUUUACCUCGUGGCUAUACCGUCGUUCUGGGUCAACAACUAGUCGGUGCUUCCAUAGAGUUUUGCGAGCGAUUAUAUCACUAGAAGGUCGUUAUAUUCAACAACCUAAAGGUGAUAUUGUCCCAAAAGAAAUUCAAGAAAAAAAGAGAUUUUAUCCUUUUUUUAAGGACUGUAUCGGUGCAAUUGAUGGAACACAUGUUCGCGUCAAAGUACCUAAUAAGGAUGCCCCUAGAUAUCGUGGUCGUAAGGGAUACCCGACAACAAAUGUAUUGGCUGCUUGUACAUUUGAUUUAAAGUUUACGUAUGUGCUAACUGGAUGGGAGGGUACAGCAUCAGAUUCAAGAAUUAUAAAGAAUGCGCUUACUAGAGAUGAUAAACUAGUAAUUCCAACUGGUAAUUUGUUCUACGAAAUUCUCUUAAAUUGUUUAAUAAUGUAUUCUAAUACUAAUUACAAGUUGUUUAUAGGUAGAUAUUGUUUAGCAGACGCGGGUUUACCUCACACGAGUACCCUAAUGGCACCAUAUAGAGGUGUUAGGUAUCAUUUGAAAGAAUACUCCACGCGUGCCCCUGAGAAUGCAAAGGAGUUGUUUAACCUUCGUCAUGCAUCAUUACGCAACGCAAUUGAACGAGCAUUUGGUGUCCUAAAAAAGAGGUUUCCUAUUAUUAGAAGUACAGCGGAACCAUUUUACUCGUGCGAAACACAGUCUGGCAUCUUUUUGGCAUGUUGUAUUUUACACAACUUUUUACUAGAGGAAGACCGUGACAAGGAUCUUGAAGAUGAGGUCAUACAAGAGGUGUUAGAUGGACCACAAGAGGAAGAAAGUCAAAUUACAAGAGAUAUACGUGAGGGUAGUACGAGAUCUGAACAACUAAGGAACUCAAUUGCAAAUGAAAUGUGGACUAACUAUUUGACUUAUCCAAACAAUGAAAUAGAUAUGUCAAAGUAG